AUGGCUCCCCAUGACGAUGAGGACAUCAAGGCGGAAGCAGUAGCCGAAGCUGUGACUGCCAUGCAAAUCAAGCACGAUAAUUCAACAGACAGCUCCUCAGCCGAUAAUAUCCUAACACCAGAUGCUACAAACGGCCUUGCAAAUGGUUUGGCGUCUCUCUCGAAACCUAGCCCCACUAAAAGUCUUUCCAAGUCAAAAUCUCAAAGCGAGGCCAGCUCUCCCAGCGAGAAAGAUGAAGACGAGGAACCAAAGGAGAAAGUUCCUGGUUCCAUAACCGUCAAACUAGAACCGGGUCAGCCACCAAAGCUGUCUCGUACUGCUUCGCAGAAAGUAGUUUCUCGACCAGCACAACUCUUCAACCAUCUAGCAGACUGUACUGCCGAAGCUACGUCCACAUUUCAACUCAUAGAUGACUGCACGUAUGCCAGUAAAUAUAUGGGUUAUACGGAGCAUGCUAUGGAAUGCGACUGUACAGAAGAGUGGGAUCCGGUGGCUGCCAAAAAUGGAGCCUGCGGAGAAGACUCAGAUUGCAUCAAUCGAGCUACGAAAAUGGAAUGUGUCGGAGAUUGUGGAUGCGGCGAUGAAUGCGAAAAUCAACGGUUUCAACGACGACAAUACGCCAACGUGACCGUCAUCAAGACUGAGAAAAAAGGCUAUGGCCUGCGUGCCGACUCCGAUUUACGACCCAACCAGUUCAUUUUCGAGUAUAUCGGCGAAGUCAUUAACGAAGGAAACUUUCGGAAACGUAUGAGAAGCUAUGACGAAGAAGGGAUCAAACAUUUCUAUUUCAUGUCCCUCAGCAAGGGAGAGUUCGUCGACGCCACGAAGAAAGGCAACCUCGGGCGUUUCUGUAACCAUUCAUGUAAUCCUAAUUGUUAUGUUGACAAAUGGGUUGUAGGCGAGAAGCUUCGAAUGGGCAUUUUUGCCGAGCGGCACAUCAAGGCUGGCGAGGAACUAGUUUUCAAUUACAACGUCGAUCGUUAUGGAGCUGAUCCGCAGCCCUGCUACUGCGGAGAGCCCAACUGCACAGGUUUCAUCGGUGGCAAAACACAGACUGAGCGUGCAACGAAGCUCUCCAAUGCCACCAUUGAAGCACUCGGUAUCGACGACCCGGAUGGCUGGGAUACUGCUAUCGCAAGACGGCCGCGCAAGAAGAAGACUGGCGAAGACGAUGAAGAGUAUGUUGACAGUGUGCAGCCUAGGUCGUUGAGCGAAGAUGGUGUCACCAAGGUCAUGGCCGCUCUUAUGCAGUGCAAAGAGAAAUGGAUCGCCGUCAAACUACUUGGCCGUAUUCAACGCUGCGACGAUGAGCGCGUGCGAAACCGUGUCGUGAAAAUGCAUGGAUACAAGAUUCUCAAUUCCCAGCUAACUGCCUGGAAGGACGAUUUCAAUGUUGUACUGCAGAUUCUUGAUAUCCUGGAUAAGUUCCCGAGACUUACCAGAAACAAGAUUAUCGAUUCGAAGAUUGAGUCAACUAUCCAGCCACUUACUGGGUGUGGCGAUGAGCGUGUGGAAAAGAAUGCAGCGGCUCUCUUAGAGGUCUGGUCCACACUGGAAAUUGGCUAUCGGAUUCCUCGAAUGAAAAGGGACCCAGCUGCUACAAAUAACACCCCAACAGUCAACCGCUUCGAACGACGAGAGUCAUCUAGAAAUGAUACACAACCCACGACAAAAUCGAGAUCUCGCUCACGGUCACGAUCACGUUCCAUCGAAGCCCCACGUGCUCCUGCUGCCCUUCGAAACGGCAUGGGUCCUCGCAAUUCUUACCACCAUGGUCCUCCGAGACCGUUUCGCCGGCCGCCGUUUGCCAACCCGUUACCCCAAGGCUGGUUCGCCGCGGAAUCGAAUGGGAAGACUUACUAUUAUUCUGCAUCGGGUGCCACGACGUGGAAAAGGCCGACAACUCCCGCUCCACAACCCCCUCCUCCACCGAAAUCCGAAUCGAAGGAUAAGGCAUUGCAGGAUAUCAUCGAUGGUAUCAUGAAUGCCAAAGAGAAUACCCCGAAAACGCAAGAUAGAUCCGAGACCCCUACUACACCUACGCCUAGAGAUGCGAAACCUCUCGGGAAAAAGGAACAUAAGGAAAAGUGGCGAUCAUACAGUGAAGAAAAACAGAAGAAACUUUAUGAGAAUACAAUCUUCCCCCACGUCAAAUACGUUGUGGAUAAGUUUAAACACAAACUACCAAAGGAGGACUUGAAGCGCUAUGCGAAAGAGGUCGGAAAAAAACUUGUGAACUCGGAUUUCAAAAACAACCGUGUGAGCGAUCCAACAAAGGUCAGCGACAAACAAGUAAGACAAAUCAAGAAGUACUGCAAAGAAUAUUUCGACAAAGCAGUUGUGAAACAGCGAGCCUACGAAAAGAAAAAGGCUGAGAGGAAGGCAAUGGAAGCCGCUAAGACGUCAGGCGAUGGCUCAAAGGAUGAAGCUGAGAAGCCUGGGUUGUCACAACCACAGGAGUCACAAAAUAUUAAGAAAGAGGAUGAAAGCGAGGUCGAAGACGAUAUAAAUAUGUCAGAUGAUGAUAUAGACAGAGUGGAAGAUAAGAAAUCAUCGCCAAUGAGCGUCGACGGAAAUAGCCUCAAACGGAAGAGAGAUCUUGAUGGAAACCUUGAUGUGGAUGCCGAUACUAGGGGGCCUUCACCUUGCAAAAGGACGAAAUCGGCCACUCCGCCUCCGCCACCUCCGCCACCUGGAGAUGCAGGAAUGACUCCUGGCGAUGAUGGUGAUGUGGAAAAACAUAAAUGCAAGCGGGAUGAGUUCGAAGAUGGCGAUGGAUGUAAUAGUGGCGCUUCCUCUCCAGGCAAGCAACAACAUUCUGGAUCGCCUCCGCCUCCGCCACCACCUCCACCACCUGCGGAUGCAGACGAUACGUAUGGCGCUGGCGAUGGGAAUUCCACAGAGGAUAUAGAAAACGGCUUGGAUGAGGAUGCGAAGAUGGACAUAAACAAGGUGUCUAGCGUCGCGAUGCCGGAUCGAAGUAGUGGGAAUGAAGAAGUGGAUAAGAAGGGCGUGAAUGGUGUUUCUGAAUACAAACCGUUUGGUGCCGGUUCGGUGUCUGACGAUGGGAACCUCAAACCCGUUCUUGAUGUUGACAUAAGGCCUGGUUCUUCUUGA